AUGAGUGACCUGAAAACCCUGUGUUUGGACCAAGAAAGCACCGACCUUUCGGCGGAACAGUUUUAUCUUCAACACGAGAAAGCGCUAAAAGGCACUGAAGAGCGGUUUUUGAAUGGCGAAAAUACAGACGACGAGGGCUGGCGUAGUGAGGCACUUGCUGUGAUUGCUGAUAUUCAAAAGUUUGUCAAUAAGAUUACUAUCUCAACUGUUUUGCCCUGUGAUGUGAAUGGAGUGUACAUGAAUCUGGAGACUCAAGAGGGCACCAAUCUCACUGUAGAGCUAAGCGCUGCUGGAUUUCGAGUUUGCGGCCACCAAUUUGAUACACUCGAAGUAGUCAGUGAAGAAGAUAAAGCUCAAGCUGACCAACAAAGUUCAACUUGCACAGACCUGAUAUCACUUGCUGUAUACUACGAAACUCCGUAUUCUCUUCUCGACUCGAUUUCGCCCUCUUAUCGUGAUUCAUUUAGUAACGAACUUGCUCAACGUCUGAAAGAGCUGUGCAAGUAG